UCUACAAUGUGUUGGAUAUCAAACGGAUAACUUCGAUGUGGAUUCGAGGAUGCAGGAAACAAAUGAACAGUCCGAAGGGCAACAGUAUGCCAGCAACAAGACAACAUCCUCCAAUGAAAACUCUGCACUCUGGUCAGACAGCAACCUCCAGCUGCACCAUCUCCAUUCACUGGAGCCCCUGCAGGCCCCAUCCACCACUGGCAAGCCUGUUGGCUCUUCUCAUGGCCUUCUUGGGGCCAACAGUGGUACUCAAGGGCCAAUGGCCACGAGUUCCAGUGUCAGCCCGGUGCUUGCUUGGCAUGCUGCAAUCAGUGCUGCUCGCCAAGCGCAGGGAGAUGGUGCAAAGUCUGACAUGAGUACACAGCCCACCAGCACCGCUGGACCAGCUCCUGUAGGCUCACUGGCACAGAAAAAGAGGCAGCAGUAUGCCAAAAGCAAAAAGCAGGGAGGAUCUACCAACAGCAGACCACCCAGAGCCCUGUUCUGCCUAACAUUAAACAAUCCAAUUCGCAGGGCCUGCAUCAGCCUGGUGGAAUGGAAGUAUCCUUUAGCCCAGACACAGAGUAUUUGA